UUCAACUACAAGAACAACAACAACAUCAACCAAAACAAGAACAAGAGCACCACUUCCUCUCUCUUCUCUCUCUCUCUCCUGCCAUGUCAGAGUGUAACCCCGUCCCUAUGACCCCGGCGAAUCCGUAUUUGUAUGCUUCUCUCUCUAAAAGUCUCACACUUUCUCUCUCUAAAAAAAUUAAAAAGGAAAAUUAAUAAGAUUGGAAAAACAAAAACUAUCUCUUUCCUCUCUAUUUAUUUAAUUUGUCUCCCUUCGCUUUCUCUCUCUUUCUCGUAUCUCUCACAGCCUGCCUUCCAUGCCCUAAACCUCUCCCACCUCCCCUACCUCCCCUACCUCGUCAGCUCUUUAUCUCAAUCUAGCUAUCUGGCUCUUUUGCUCUGUAUAUUGGGUUUUUGAUCCAUUACUUGAUUGUGCCUGAAUACGUGUGUGGAAGCUCCGAUGCCUUGACUAAUUCAUCGACAUGCUUGCUGUCACUGUUGACCACAUAUGUAGGACCGAAGACUAAAAGAUGAAGGAAGGCAGUUCUUCGCCGAGUAAAAUGAUUAACAGAAAUUGGGUCUUGAAACGAAAACGUAGAAAGCUUCCUCAUGGACCUGAUAUAUCUAAUGGAAAAGAAGACGGUUCGGCAGCCUCGGAAUCUCCAAGGAAGACUUCCUCUUCAGUUAAGCGCAGGCUGAAUAAUGAAAUAGUUUCUGAUCGAUUUUCAUCCAAGAAGAAAGGAAAUGACGGGUAUUUCUAUGAAUGCGUGAUCUGUGACCUUGGUGGUAACUUGUUGUGUUGUGAUAGCUGCCCCCGAACCUAUCAUCUCCAGUGUCUUAAUCCACCUCUUAAGCGCAUUCCGAAUGGGAAGUGGCAAUGCCCAACUUGCUGUCAGAAAAGUGAUCUGCUUGAGCCCAUAAACUAUUUAGCGGAUACCAUUUCAAAACGAGCAAGAACAAAGAGUGUCACUGCGAAGUCCAAAACUGGAGUUACGUCAUCUGACAGGGAAAAAGUAUCACAGAUUUUCGGAAACUCUAUUGUUGCAAAGAAAAGAUCCUCAAGCAAAGGAAAAACUGUUUUAACUCAUGGAAUCAAAUUCUUUGAAAAGAAACCAUUCUCCCAGAUAGAUAUACCUUGUAGCACCAAGCCGAGUCAUUCAACAGUUGGUGGUUCUGUGGACGGUAUUUCAUCAUGUGAGAAUGUUGACGAUAAAAAAAGAUCUAACUUUUCCCCAGAAGAUGAUUCCACAGACAGAAAGUUGAGCUCUCCUGCUAAAGAAGUUUCAUCUCAUUCUAAAGUUACAGCUUCGGAGACAAAUGAAGAAGCUCCUGAGGAAUUUGCCUGUCCUGAGGUGAAGCCUGUCCUGUCUUGUACUGAUGCAUCUCCACGUAAGACCAUAGUUCUUGCGAUCAGUGCUACCACUGGCAAGGCCAGAAAAAGGAAACACAAAGGCAAUAACGAUAAGAGUAAAAAGAAGAAGACCGAUAAGGGAAAAUCUGUUAGUACUUCUAAACAAUCUGGAUCUAAAGCAAGUACUGCAAGCCUGAGGAUUGGUAAAGCACUUCGUAAGCAUAAAUCUGUCAACCAUGGGGUUUCUGCAUCCUUGUCAAGAGAGGACAUUGAAAUCAAGAAUUCAGAUGUCCAGAACAAAGACGAGGAGCUUCCUGAGGGAGAAAAAGACCCGUCACAUAAUGUAGAUAAAGCUGGAAGUCAUGUAGUUGAAACACUAAUUUGUAAUGAUAGUUUUUCUGCUGAACCUCUGCAGGUUGAUCGAGUUUUGGGAUGUCGAGUUCAAGGUGAUAAUGCUGACUCUCGUCACUUAUCUGUGGCAGCUGCUCAUGAUCUGUGUUCUGUUGAUUUGCAAGUCUCAGAUACUCAAACCAGAUUAUCAGAUGGGAAUUCUGCUUGUGAUAAUGACAUGGAUGUCAGAGCUGCUGAAAAUCUUACUGAGGGUUGUGAAAAUGUUGUCAAGGGUGCUGAUGGGGAUGAAAGCAUGAAGGAUGAUGUUAGAGUGGACAAAAUGAAUGUGUACAGAAGAUCCAUGAACAAAGAAGGUAAAAAAGCUAACUCCAUGGAUGUGUCAAGGAUGGGUACUAAGGAUUCGGGUAACAUAAAUGGUAAGGAUCAAGAUGAAUCUGCUGUAACUGCAGAUGAUUCGGGAAAAACACAUGAAAGAAUAGUGACUGCGGAGACUACCAAAGUUAGUUUGAAAAGUCAUGAUGAUGAUGAAGUUCCAGAAAUUGAAACACACGUCUCUCCUGACACCAAAGACAAAAAAGAUGUAGAUACAGAAACUGGAAUUAAUAGCAGCGCUCAAAACAAAAGUCAGGGGCCCUCCUCACUGGCUGAACCUUCAGGUGGUAGCUGUGAGACCGUAUUGUAUGAAUUUUUAAUUAAGUGGACGGGUAAGUCUAACAUUCAUAAUAGUUGGGUUUCUGAAUCUGAGCUAAAAGUCUUGGCCAAGAGAAAACUAGAAAAUUACAAGGCCAAGUAUGGAACUGCUGUUAUAAAUAUCUGUGAGGAACGAUGGAAGCAACCACAGCGGGUGAUUGGUCUCCGUAGUUUAAAAGAUGGCUCAGGUGAAGCUUUCAUAAAAUGGAAUGGUCUUUCUUACAUUGAAUGCACUUGGGAAAGAUUGGAUGAACCUGUCAUUCAAAAUUCUCAGAAUCUGGUCGAUCUAUUUAGACAAUUUGAGCAACAAACACUGGAAAAAGAUGCUUCUAAGGAUGAUUCAAGAGGGAGGGAUAGUUGUCAGCAAAAUGAAAUAGUUACUCUGACAGAGCAGCCUAAGGAACUGAAGGGAGGGUCAUUGUUUCCCCAUCAGCUUGAAGCACUCAAUUGGUUGCGGAAGUGCUGGCAUAAAUCCAAGAAUGUAAUACUAGCUGAUGAGAUGGGGCUUGGUAAAACUGUGUCAGCUUGUGCUUUUCUUUCGUCAUUAUAUUAUGAGUUCAAAGCCACUCUGCCUUGUUUAGUCUUGGUUCCACUUUCCACAAUGCCCAAUUGGCUUUCUGAGUUCGCAUUAUGGGCUCCUGAGUUGAACGUCGUGGAAUAUCAUGGUUGUGCUAAAGCAAGAGCCAUUAUUCGCCAGUAUGAAUGGCAUGCUAGUGAUCCGAACGCAUUGAAUAAAAAAACAUCUGCUUAUAAAUUUAAUGUUCUUUUAACUACAUAUGAAAUGGUUCUUGCUGAUUCCUCACAUCUCCGUGGGGUUCCCUGGGAAGUUCUCAUAGUUGAUGAGGGUCAUCGUUUGAAAAAUUCAGGAAGCAAGCUUUUCAGCUUGCUUAAUUCCUUGUCUUUCCAACAUCGUGUACUGUUGACUGGUACCCCUCUUCAGAACAACAUUGGUGAAAUGUAUAACUUGCUUAAUUUCUUGCAGCCGGCUUCAUUCCCUUCGCUAUCUUCAUUCGAGGAUAGGUUUAAUGAUCUUACAACUGCAGAAAAAGUGGAUGAAUUGAAAAAACUUGUUGCUCCACAUAUGCUUCGGAGGCUUAAAAAGGAUGCUAUGCAGAAUAUCCCCCCCAAGACUGAACGGAUGGUUCCUGUUGAGCUGUCCUCUAUCCAAGCUGAAUACUACCGCGCAAUGCUCACAAAGAAUUAUCAGAUAUUACGGAAUAUUGGGAAAGGGGUGGCACAGCAGUCAAUGUUGAACAUUGUAAUGCAAUUAAGGAAAGUCUGCAAUCAUCCUUAUCUCAUACCAGGCACUGAACCUGACUCUGGGUCUGUAGAGUUCCUUCAUGAAAUGCGGAUAAAAGCUUCAGCCAAGUUGACUCUGUUGCAUUCUAUGCUUAAGAUUUUGCACAAAGAAGGUAACAGAGUCCUAAUCUUUUCACAGAUGACCAAGCUACUAGAUAUCCUUGAGGAUUAUUUGGCCAUAGAAUUUGGACCUAAAACAUAUGAGAGAGUAGAUGGCUCUGUUUCAGUCACUGAUCGUCAAUCUGCAAUUGCGCGUUUUAACCAAGAUAGAAGCCGAUUUGUCUUUUUGUUAUCAACACGCUCUUGUGGCCUUGGUAUCAAUUUGGCAACAGCUGACACUGUCAUUAUCUAUGAUUCUGAUUUCAACCCACAUGCUGAUAUCCAAGCUAUGAAUCGAGCACAUCGAAUUGGACAGUCAAAACGACUUUUGGUAUAUAGGCUUGUAGUUCGUGCUAGUGUUGAAGAGCGCAUCUUGCAGCUUGCAAAGAAGAAACUUAUGCUUGAUCAGCUUUUUGUGAAUAAGUCGGGAUCCCAAAAAGAAGUGGAAGAUAUUAUAAAAUGGGGAACAGAGGAGCUUUUUAAUGAUUCUCCUAGCGCUGAUGGAAAAGAUACAGACGAAAAUAAUAGUAACAAAGAUGAGGCAGUGACAGAUGUAGAACAUAAGCAUAGGAAGCGAACUGGUGGCCUGGGGGAUGUGUAUAAGGAUAAAUGUACAGAUAGCAGCAACAAGAUUGUGUGGGAUGAAAGUGCAAUUUUAAAGUUGCUAGACCGUUCAAACCUUCAGUCUGGAUCAACUGAUAUUGCUGAAGGAGAUUUGGAAAAUGACAUGCUUGGCUCAGUAAAGUCCAUCGAAUGGAAUGAGGAACCAGCUGAAGAGCAGGUAGUUGAAUCACCUGUAGGUGCAAGUGAUGAUAUUUGUGUACAAAAUACCGAAAGGAAAGAGGAUAACAUGGUUACUGUUACUGAAGAAAAUGAAUGGGACAGACUAUUGCGUCUUAGGUGGGAGAGAUAUCAAAGUGAGGAGGAAGCAGCUCUUGGUCGGGGGAAGCGCCUGCGGAAAGCUGUUUCUUACAGGGAAGCAUAUGCUGCACACCCAACUGAAACAUUGAGUGAGAGUGGUGCGGAAGAGGAACGUGAGCCUGAACCAGAGCCAGAGCGGGAGUACACACCUGCUGGACGAGCUCUAAAAGCAAAAUUUGCUAAGCUCCGAGCUAGACAAAAAGAACGGCUCGCUCAGAGGAAUGCAAUUGAGGAAUCUCAUCCUAGUGAGGGACUGCCUGUUGAGUCACUUCCUCCGUGUCCCACCAAUCCUGCCAAAGAUGGGGAUCAAGCGACUGGACUGGUUCAAUUUUUCAGAGAGAGGCCUUCAGUAAUUGACUUGGAGGAUAACAAGUUAGAUGCUCCCAAGGCCAAGACUGACUCUCCCUUACGGUUGGGCAGACAAUCAAAACAUAAAAGCAGCCGCCUUGAUCUUUCUGUCAAUCCUCUUGACUACCUGUCUCCUGACAUUUUCUUUCCAAGUCACCAAUCUCAGCGAACCAGCAUGACCAACUCAGUGCCCCCAAAUAAUUUGUUACCUGUUCUGGGACUUUGUGCUCCCAAUGCUAGUCAAAUAGAAUCAUCAAAUAAGAACUUCUCAAGGUCAAAUUGCAGACAGAAAGGAGCUCGGCCAGAGUUUCCAUUUAGUCUAGCUCCUCAGUCUGGGACUUUGUCUGAGACAGAUGUAAAUGGUGAUGAAGUGAAAUUAUCAGGUGCAUCAGCGGAAGUAUCACGUCUCAAGAAUAACAUCCCAAAUGGUGGUUUGCCAUUUAGGCCGGUCUGUUUGCAGUAUCCUCCGGCUAUUCAGGGAAACAGUUAUGAUCGUCCAGAAAGUUCUGGUGCUGCUUUUUCAGAUUUCCAGGAGAGGAUGGCACUGCCUAACUUACCUUUUGAUGAGAAAUUGUUACCAAGAUUCCCGCUUUCAACUAAGAGCAUACCAAGUCCACAUUUUGACUUCUUGCCUAGCUUGUCAUUGGGUAGCAGACUUGAACCUUCCAAUGGCUCCUUGCAAGAACUUCCAACAAUGCCAUUGUUCCCCAAUUUAAAAUUACCCCCACAAGAUGCACCCAGAUAUAAUCAACAAGACAGAGAAGUGCCUCCCACCUUGGGUUUGGGACAUAUGCCAACUACAUUUCCAUCAUUCCCUGAUAACCACAGGAAGGUGCUUGAAAACAUAAUGAUGAGGACUGGGCCUGGAUCAAGCAACUUGUUUAAAAAGAAAUCAAAAGCAGAUAUCUGGACGGAAGAUGAACUUGAUUUCCUCUGGAUUGGUGUUCGUAGGCAUGGAAGGGGCAAUUGGGAUGCAAUGCUAAGAGACCCAAGGUUGAAGUUCUCGAAGUUUAAAACUUCGGAAGAUUUGUCAGCUAGAUGGGAGGAGGAGCAACUCAAGAUUUUGGAUGGGCCAUCUUUCCCAGUGUCCAAAUCAGCCAAACGGACUACCAAAUCCUCACAGUUUCCAUGCAUAUCUGAUGGGAUGAUGGCACGGGCACUGCAUGGAAGUAGACUUGUCACACCGCCAAAAUUUCAACCCCACUUGACAGACAUGAAGCUGGGUUUUAGUGAUCUUACAUCUGGCUUUCCGCAUCUUGAAGCAUCAGAUAGAGUUGGUUUGCACAAUGAGCAAUUUCCCCCCAUUCCAACUUGGUUUCAUGAAAAAUUCCGGGCAAAUUUUUCCGGAGAUUCUUCUGCUGGAGUUUCUGACAGACCAGGGACGUCUUCCAAUGUUCCCAUUGAGGAGCCAUUUGUUGUCACUUCUUUUGGAACCAGUUGCUUGGGUUUGAAUUCCUCAAGCAGCUAUGAUGUACAGAAGAAGGAAGAUGAACAGGGUGCCUAUAAGUAUGGGAAGUUGCCUUGUCUUCUUGAUAGAUCACUGAAUGUUUUACGUGAUAUGAAUAAUAAUUUGGGAAGGGGUGAACCUACCAGUUCAGGAUUUCUACCUGAUCCCAAGAGGGGGCUUUUAAAGGGGAAAGAUCUUGCUGGAAGUAGUUCUUCAAAGGACAAGCUACCCCAUUGGCUACGGGAAGCUGUAAGUGCUCCUGCUAAACCCCCAGCACCUGACCUGCCACCUACAGUGUCAGCAAUAGCCCAAUCUGUUCGGUUGUUAUAUGGGGAGGAUAAGCGAACUAUUCCUCCCUUUGUGAUUCCAGGCCCACCACCUUCGCUACCAAAGGAUCCAAGACGGAGUUUAAAGAAGAAAAGAAGGCAGAAAUCACGUCUGUUUAGGCGGAUUCCACCCGAAAUUGCUGGAAGCAGCCAGGACUUUCAGAGCACACACUUUGGUGACAAUGCUUCAAGCUCCAUUCCUAUGGCCCCAUCAUUUCCAUUGCUUCCACAAUCAAUGGUUGCAACUUCAGGCCUUUCACGGAUUGAAUCUGACCUCAGUGCGCCUCUCAGUUUAAAUAUGGCAAACCCAUCAUCCUCAUUGCCGCAUCUGAAUCAUCAGAAGAAGACAAUCAUGGGAAUGUCCCCUUCACCUGAAGUGCUUCAAUUGGUAGCAUCCUGUGUUGCUCCAGGUCCACAUCUGUCAGCAGCUUCUGGCAUGGCAAGCUCAAGCUUUCAUGACACAAAGCCCUCGUUGCCAAACUCAGUUGACCAAGUAGGACUUUUGGACUCCCAAACUGCAUUUGGAAGCAAGGAGGCUAAGCAGGGCUCACCUCUUAAGGUGUGUGAUUCACUUGGGAAAGAUAGAACAUGUGAUACUGAAAGUGGGGAUUCCAGCAAGACUCAAUCAGAUCCCUCUAGGACAGAACGGCCCGAUGUAGAGGAAAUUUCUUCUGAGGGCACUGUCUCAGAUCAUCCUCUGAGUGAUCGGGAACCGUAGCUGUAAUAUGGGAUUAGAACAUAGUUAUUCUUUCAUGUUAUUCAAGGCUCCGAUGUGCUUGAAUUUUUGUAGGUUUUUGUAGUGCAUGAUAAACUAGCCAAUAUAGGGUUAUUUAGGAUAUAUAAUGUUGUGUAAAGCUUAUGUAAGAGAAUGAAAAAUAUAGUGCUGCCUUCUCAUUUUACCAUGGACCUUGCGUCCCCCUUAUGUCUCAUCAAUGAGACAAUAUCUGAAUAGUGAUGCCCAAUCAGUUGGCUUACUUCAGACCCAAAAAAAAUCUGUUGGUUUACUUUUUCAAUUUUUUUAAAGACUGGUUUUGGAUUUAUAA